UUUGAUGAAUUCUCCUAGUGAUUCAAUUGAUGACAUUAUUAGUCUAUUAAACAAACACUAUCGUCCAAAUAGUAAUUAAGAAUAAUAAUGUAAAGUUUUUGAAUAAUUAGUAAAUUAGCUUAAUAAUAUUAAAGACCUAAACCAAGUAUUGGAAAUGUUAUGCUUCCUCAAAUAAAAGUAAAUUGAUAAUAAACUAAUUCAGUAAUAAUUAAAUGUGUUAAGUGCAAUACCAAACACUUAUAAUAAUAAUUAAGAUAAAUUCAAAAGAAAGGCAGCAAGUUUAAAUAGAUAAUAACAACCGAAAUAAUAAAUCAAAGAUACUAAUUCAUUUUAAAUUCCAAUGACCAGAUAUUUAACUUUUAAACCAUAUUCUGGAAGCACUGAUAUUAUAAUAAAUGUAUGAAUUUUAAUAAAAAGGAUGUUGGUUAUUAUUAUAAAUUUGGAAGUAGUCCAAUUAAAUUAGUUAAAGGAUUAUUAGAAGAGAAUGGUUUUAAAGAAAGUAAUGAUAAAAAUUGGACUUUGUAUUGGUCAUCAUGUGCAAUAAAAUCAGAAAUUUAUACAAAUUUAUUUGCUUAUUAAAAGGUAUGUCAUUUUCCAAAAUCAUAUGAAAUGACUCGUAAAGAUUUAAUGCAUCGUAACAUUUCUAAAAUGUAAAUAAAUCAUGGAUUUAUUAAUUUUAAUUUUAUCCCAAAAACAUACAUAUUACCAGCAGAGAUGAGUUAUUUUUUAGAAGAACAUGAGAAAAUUAAGAAUAAUAAUCCUGUAUAUAUAUGUAAACCACAUGCUAGUUCUUAAGGAAAAGGUAUCUUUAUUACUGAUAAGAUACAAGAUGUAAAUUAAUAUUAUUAUUAUUUUAAGAUAUUAAAUAAAUAGAAUUCUAAUAAUUCAUAUGUUGUUUCACAUUAUAUUGAUAAACCAUUAUUAAUAAAUAAUCUAAAAUUUGAUUUAAGAAUAUAUGUAGCUAUAAGUUGUAUAAAUCCAUUGAGAAUAUAUAUUUAUUAAGAUGGAUUGGCAAGAUUUGCUACUGAAGCAUAUAAUUCUGAUUCUGUAAAAUAGAAUAGGUUUGUACAUUUGACUAAUUAUUCUGUAAAUAAGGAUUCUCCUAAUUUUGUAGCAAAUUAAGAUCCCACUUUAGAUUAUUUAGGUAGUAAAUGGAGUUUAUUGGCUUUAAGAGAAUAUUUAAAAUUAAACAAAAUAAAUGAAGUAUUUAAUUAUAGUUAUUUAGUAAUAAAUAUUUGAAAGAAUUGAAGAUUUAAUAAUUAAGACAAUCAUUAGUGUAGAAAGUGCAAUAUUUUAGGCAUGUGAAAUGAAUGUACCAUUUAGAUCUAAUUGUUUUUCCUUAUUUGGAUUUGAUGUAUUAGUGGAUUCCCUUUUGAAACCUUGGCUUUUAGAAGUCAAUUUUUCACCUUCACUCAAUAUUGAUGCUCCUUUAGAUCUCAAAAUAAAAGGAGAAAUGUUAGCAGAUCUAUUCACUCUAAUAGGAAUAGUACCAUUAGUAAUCUUCAUUAUGAUUAAAGGACUAAAGAUUUUCAUAAGAUUUAUCGUAUGUUAGAAAUUAAAGCAAUUAUGAUUUUAAGAAACAUCAAUAAGAAUUUGAAAAAUAUAUCAUAAAAGAGACAGAAGAAGAAUUGAAAAGAAGUAGAGGUUGGAAAAGACUUUAUCCAUCUGAUUCAAGUUCUAAAUAUACUAAAUAUUUUGAAUCUGAUAGACCAUUAAAUGCAUUACUAAGAAAUUAUUAUAAAUGA